UCGCACUCUCAUCUUUCUCUCACCGCCAUAUCUUGCCAGGCAACAUGGCCUCUCCGCCCUACAUGACAUCCCGCUCCCCUCCUCCCCUCCAGCACCCCAAGCCCACGCACCCGGCCUACCCGCCUCCAGAACCGCCCCACACGCCAGGGCGCAGCUCGACCUCAUCUUACGGCCGCACCUCGCUCGACAUGGGCGACGGAUAUGUGCGCUACUCCUCCCCGCCGGUCGGGAGUAUCCACCAGCAAAGCGAGGCUCCAGGACAGCAUGCGGCGCCGCACGCCUCGACGAGCGCCUACGCUCCUCCGCAGGGCGACAUGCACAGCAGGGGGUAUGGCCAGGCGCAUGCGCCGAUGGGAUACGGGCAGCCGGCCGGGUUCGGGUGGCCCGUCAACGACGCAACGGCGCAGAUGGGUAUGCAGUUCGGCAAGAGCGCAGUGGCCGCUGGCCAGGACUACGUUGAGAAAAACUUCUCGCGCUACCUCCCCCUUCCGCUGGUUAAAACGUGCUUCGCCGUCACUAACGGAUACGUGCUGCGCAAACUCCGAAUCGUUCUCUUCCCCUGGCGCCACCGCCCAUGGGCCCGCCAGCCGCGCCGGACGGGCGAGGGGGGUGGCAGCGUUGAGGCGUGGCAACCGCCGAGAGAGGAUAUUAACGCGCCCGACCUGUAUAUUCCAACAAUGGCUCUGGUCACGUACACGCUCCUUUCCGCGCUGGCAGCUGGUCUGGGCCAGCGCUUCCACCCCGAGGUUCUUGGUUAUGCACUGAGCAAGGCCGUCGCAGUCGUGGUCACGGAGUUUGUCGCUAUCAAGCUCGGGUGCUACUUCCUGGACGUCCGCGGCGGUGGCGCGAGCGGUGUCGAGCUGCUCGCGUACGGUGGAUACAAGUUUGUCGGCAUCAUCGUCACGGUCCUUGCAUCGCUUCUCUCCUUCGGCCGUGUCGCUACGACAACAGUCUUCCUAUACGUCGCGUGUGCCAACGCAUUUUUCCUCCUCCGCUCGCUCAAGUAUGUGCUGUUGCCCGAUUCCAGCGUGAGCGCUUCUGCUGCGACGCUGUCGCACGGCCAGCGGAGCCGACGUGUACUGUUCCUGUUCAUAGUGGCUGCUGCGCAGGUGGUGUGGAUGGCCGUGCUGAGCUGGGUGUAGACGUAGACGUCGAUAGCAUAGUAGAGUGCAUGCCAUGGAUGUGCAUGGUG